GACAGACGCCCGUCUGGCAUAGCAACGCUAAAAUGACGAGAUGGAAACGUGGCCGUGUCAACAUGUCUCUGCUUUCCAUUGGUCUCCUCAUUUUUUUUUUCCAUGGUUGCUUUGACCUGUAACUCUGUGAUUCGGACGGCAGGAAGAUUUUCUUGUGUUCUGGAAGGCGGAUCGGAGCUCUGACUUACGGACGCAAACGGCUCAGAGAGAGGACGCCGGACUUCACCGGCACCAGAAGCCAUGUCAGCCGCUCAAGUUUCAGUGCUGCUGUUCCUUCUAAAUUAUGUUGGAUCUGGUAACGGGAUAACCACUCAGCCUGGAUUCAAACCAUCGUCGAGCCCAGAAAACCAGUCUGGCCACUCUGAACCGACCCCAAGGACGGAUCCGGUGAGCAGAACUUCCCCUGCUCCGCACAUCUAUGAUGGACACACAAGAGCUGUACUGACUGUGGAAGCAAAGUCUACAAGCUCGACCAGCAGAGACGUCGACAAUCCAGGCGUGGAAAGCGACAAAGAUAAUGAAAGCAGAGCUCCUCUGCUUCAGACUGAGGAGGAGCUUUUUAAAUCUGAUGUAUCAGAGGACCUGAGGAGUCCAUGGCGCUCUGAAGCUGAAGUUAUGACGACGAGUCUUACUCCUGGAAAGCCUCAGUGUGAUCUCCAUGCAGUGGGUGGCAGCUGCAAAAGUAAUCUUGAGUCUGUCGCAGCUGUCGAGACGACUCUCUCGAGUCCUGACAUUCAAUCUGCGAAUCCCACAGAAACAAUCCCGAAAGAAGCUUUUUCAGACAGACCACAUGUCGCUACCGCUUCCACUCUUGUUUCUGUUGCCACCUCUAAAUCAGGGCCUCCUGUCUUCAUGUCGCUCCCAUCCUCUGAGGCUGGAGGAGAAAUAAGGGAAGAGAGAAAGGAAGCGCCUUCAUCAGUCAUCGCAGCUCCACUUUUCGCAGGCAUGACCUCCUCCCCAGAAGGCUGCAGAGCAAAACAGGAGCAGGAAGAAGAACGACGAGCAGAAACUGAGGAAUUAUCUGCACCCGAGAAAGACCCAGCCUCAAACCUGACGCUAAUCAGGGUAACAAAAGGAGAAGAGACGAACACAACUGGCUUUGAUUCCCAGUCUGGUAGUAUUUUGGCCAAUCAGACAAAGGAAAAAUUGAAAAUAGAAAAAAAGCUGGAAGCUGUUCCACUUCAAAUUGAAGCAACUCUGCUUCCAUAUGCGAUAGAAAAAGGUACAGAUACAUCUACAGAUCAUGGUGGCGUUGAUUCAAAGAGCGAGGAGGGAAGUUUAAUGCACCCAGAAAUGGAAGUUACCUUCUUUGAUAACGAUGAUGUUGAGCCUUACAAUCAGUCCUCAUCCGAUUCAACCUCUCAGUUUAAUUCUGGAGGCGUCAUCGUCCAAUCCCAGACUGAAACUCCACAACCGGCUACUGAAGCAGCCAAUCAGCUCUCAGGAUUCACAGAGAGGCGCCUUCAGGCAAAACCCAGGCCAGGAAUCAGAGGCCAAAGGGGACAGCAUGGUCCACCAGGACUUCCAGGACCACCAGGACCUAAAGGAGACAAAGGCUACCAAGGCGUCAUGGGCAGGACCGGGCAGACAGGAUACAGAGGCCCCGUUGGUCCAGCUGGGAUGCCUGCCAUUGUCGUGUUCAAAACCUCUGAGGAAGAGUGGGAGGCUUUCAAGAAAACCAAAAUCUACAAAAAGCUGGUGUCCUCUUGGCCGAAACAUAAGGGAAAUCCCGGCCCGCCUGGACUUCCGGGACAAGAUGGACCACCUGGGCCACCUGGAAUUACUGGAAAGCAAGGACCAAAAGGAGUUCCAGGGAAAAUUGGCAGACCUGGACCGCAAGGUAUGCCAGGUCCACAGGGUCGACCCGGAGAAGAUGGCACCGCAGGACGGGAUGCUGAAUCGGGGCUCACGGGCUUACCUGGAGAACAGGGUCCAAAGGGCUACAGGGGAGAGAAGGGCAGCAAAGGGGAGCCGGGUGAGUGGGGCUAUCAAGGAGAACCUGGAGCCCUGGGGCAAAGAGGAAGAAAAGGAGAAAAGGGAAACAAAGGAGUCCGAGGGUUUGACGGGAUUCCCGGCUACAUUGGCCUCCCUGGAGCCAGGGGUCCUCGUGGUUUCCCAGGACACUCAGGACCUCCGGGAACAAUUGGAGCUCCGGGCUUUAGUGGUUCUCCCGGUCCACCUGGGAAAAUGGGCCCCAGGGGCGUAGCGGGACACACUGGAGUUAAGGGCCCUCCGGGUCAUCAAGGACAAAUGGGCGCCAGAGGAGCAGCGGGACCUCAGGGAGAAUGUGGUCCAGAUGGAGCAGUGGGGUUUCCUGGUGUCCACGGCCCUCAGGGAAGCCCUGGACUAAUCGGCGCUCCAGGCCCUAAAGGUGAUCCUGGAGAUCAAGGAGAUGAGGGUGAAAUUGGUGAACCUGGACCUCCUGGACUAAAUGGGGCCAAUGGAAAAGCAGGAAAGCCAGGACCCUCAGGUGAUCCUGGGGGCAAAGCCAGAAAAGGUGAGAAGGGAAGCGUGGGGUUUAAGGGGGACCUUGGACCUCCAGGGCCUCCAGGUAAACGAGGAAUCAAAGGCCGUAAGGGUCCACUGGGGCUACAUGGACUAGAGGGACCAAGAGGAGUGUCAGGACUUCCUGGACCCACUGGGUCUGAUGGCAUCAUGGGGGAGCAAGGGAGGCAGGGAAGCGAAGGAUCCAAGGGAAAUCAAGGACCUAGUGGCAUUCAGGGAGGUCCCGGGCCAAGAGGUGACAAGGGUCGAGGAGGUCGAGCGGGAUUUUCUGGACUGCCUGGACCCAUUGUGAGUACGACUAAGAGAAGGAUUUGUUCCAUUGAAACCCUGAUUCAUGAUCAUUAUUACUGCUGUGAUUGUGUUUUCUGCCCGCAGGGAGAGAUGGGCAAAUCAGGAGAGAGAGGACCUGAAGGAGAACCUGGUAUUAAGGGAACAGCUGGAGUUCCAGGAGUUUCAGGACCAAAAGGGUUGAAGGGCUUUCAAGGUCCUUUAGGCAGCAGAGGGCCUGAUGGCAAACUUGGAGCUCAGGGACCCGUUGGUGAGCAUGGAACGACUGGGGAAGCUGGACUUCAAGGACCAAAAGGACUUCCUGGAAAAGCAGGGACUCCUGGCAUCCAAGGGCCUGUAGGGAACAGUGGAGAACCUGGCGGCACAGGGCUGAAGGGGACACCAGGAAGUCCAGGAGCUGGAGGGGUUAAAGGUCUGUCAGGCUCGAGGGGGAAAAGCAGGAAACGAAGGAUUAAAGGGAAAAAGAGGUGAAGGAGGGCCGAGAGGAAAGCAAGGACCCCCAGGAGGGACUGGUGCACCUGGACCCAAAGGAUACACAGGACCUCCUGGCAUCCAGGGUAACAUUGGACCUUGGGGUGAGGUUGGACCACGAGGUUCUCCAGGAGACAAAGGCCUGCAAGGUCUAGUUGGGCCAGAUGGAGCACCUGGUUAUCC